AUUAAUUUACUUUCUGUCUUCCACUUAACUGGCGAGUUUUUCAGAAUUGGUCCUGGUACUUAAAACCACUUUUGGCUUCAUUUGCAAGGCGACACAACUCGGCCUGGAAGAGCAUCCACCUCGACGGUUCCUCAUGAAAGACGGGGAGUGUAACUUCUUCUGCUUCUUCCGCUGCUGCUGAGAGGUGUUGGGCUAGUUUGUGGAGCAGUUUUCUCUGGGAGCUGUGGUUCCGACAGCCAGAGAGCCAGUCCCAGAGAGUGAAGGUGUCUCUGCCGGUAAAUGUCUGUGGACAUGAACAGCCAGGCCUACGACAGCAAUGAGGAUGACCUCGGGGUCAACUCUGAGGAUGAUGACGGGGGUGACGACGACGACCAGGGGGACAUAGCCGACUACUAUGACGGCGUGGCAGGAGACAUGGAGCAGCAGGGGGCCGACUCGUUCGACCCAGAGGAGUACCAGUUCACCUGCCUCACCUACAGGGAGAGCCAGAAGGUGCUCUGCGACGAGGUCAAUAGUAUCGCUGCCAUCCUGAAGGUUUUACCUGCUGUAGCCAAACUGGUCCUUGUGCACUUUCACUGGCAAGUGUCACAAAUACUGGACAGAUACAAGUCAAGCUCAUCUCAGUUGCUGUCUGAUGCCCAGGUCCAGCCCAGCAGCACCUGCAGAUCAGUUCCUGCGCCUCAGUCCCUCCAGUGUGGGGUGUGUCUGCAGCUGGUUCGGAGGGACACCUUGCUCGCGCUGCCGUGUCAGCACUCCUUCUGCAAAGGAUGCUGGGAGCAGCAUUGCACUGUACUCGUCAAAGAUGGGGUGGGAGUGGGUAUCUCCUGUAUGGCUCAGGACUGUUCCCUCCAAAUGCCAGAAGACUUUGUCCUCCCACUGCUGCCUGGUGAGGAGCUGAAGGACAAAUAUAGACGCUACCUCUUCAGGGACUAUGUGGAGAGCCACUUCCAGUUGCAGCUGUGUCCAGGGGCAGACUGCCCCAUCGUCAUCCAAGUGCAGGAGCCACGGGCCCGCAGAGUACAGUGCAGCCGCUGCAAUGAGGUCUUCUGUUUCAAAUGCCGGGCCAUGUACCACGCCCCAACAGACUGCCCGACUGUCCGACGGUGGCUGACCAAAUGUGCAGACGAUUCCGAGACGGCCAACUACAUCAGUGCGCACACUAAAGAUUGUCCCAAGUGCAAUAUCUGCAUUGAGAAGAAUGGAGGCUGCAAUCACAUGCUAUGCUCCAAGUGCAAACACGACUUCUGCUGGAUGUGUCUGGGGGACUGGAAGACCCAUGGCAGUGAGUACUAUGAGUGCAGUCGCUAUAAGGAGAACCCAGACAUCGUCAACCAGAGCCAGCAGGCACAGGCCAGAGAGGCCCUCAAGAAAUACCUCUUCUACUUUGAGAGGUGGGAGAACCACAAUAAGAGUCUCCAGCUGGAGGCUCAGACGUACCAGCGGAUCCAGGAGAAGAUCCAAGAGCGGGUGAUGAACAACCUUGGCACCUGGAUAGACUGGCAGUACAUGCAGAACGCUGCUAAGCUCUUGGCCAAGUGUCGCUACACUCUGCAGUAUACUUACCCAUACGCCUACUACAUGGAGUCUGGUCCGCGUAAAAAACUGUUUGAAUACCAGCAGGCCCAGCUGGAAGCGGAGAUUGAGAACCUGUCCUGGAAGGUGGAGCGAGCAGACAGCUACGAGAGCGUGAGCGAGGGGGAGCUGAAUGCUAAUGACAGAGGGGAUCUGGAGAAUCAGAUGCACAUUGCUGAGCAGAGGAGACGCACGCUGCUGAAGGAUUUCCACGACACCUGAAGUCUCCAGACGACUGCAAAGCACCAGCAGCUCCCUAACUCAUUCGCCCCCUCCCUCCUUCACUUUCCAUCCCUUUGUCUACGGCUCCUCACACUCAUCCCUCCCUCGUUAAGCGCUCUCUUUGUGUCUGCUACAGGGUCCCAGAAUGGCGUGACUGUAUCCCCCCUCAUUUAGAUGUCAAGAACGCCACAUUCAAACACACUACACAUGAAAUGAGAGGGCAUGCGCGCGCACACAACGUGAACACAAACAUGCUUUAACACUCCGCCCAAAAAAAGAACCCUUAAUUCUCCCACACGAUCCCACCAUCCCUCUACCUGUUUUUUUCUUUAUUUCUUCUCACAUUGUUCACCUUUUUCUGCAAAUUGAUAGUUCGUAAAAAAAAAAAUAAAAAAAAACAUUAAAUAAAUGCUGUAAUUUUCAACGGUUGUACAUUAAUAAAGAUAGUUACUGAGUUUGUAAA